CUUCAUGUGAAGGAAGCUUAUAGUAGAAAAAAGUGGAGGUUGGCAUGUUAUGUUUUAUUCUGAAUAUGAUGUUGAUGGGUAAUCAGAUGCUGGGCAUAUGUAUAGUGACAAUGAGAAAUGAGACAGGAGCAGGAGCAGGAACAGGAAUAGAACUAGAGACAGAAAGAAAGUUAGGACGCCAUGGAAAGGAGAUGGGUGAUAUCAUUUGCCAUUGCAUCUGUUAUCCUCAUUUUCCUCUUGUUUAUCACAACACUGGUUGUUAGCGUAUCCUCUUCUGAGAGAGCAAUGUACAACAACUCUGUUGUGCAGCCGCUAGACCUACUAGGCCUAAAUGAGGCUCAAAAUGUGUUUGUGGAGUCUAAGAUCAUUGGCUCAAAUUCCCCAUCUAAAAUUAAUAAUUCCUCUCCCCCUCCUGCAAGAAUUGCCUAUCUCAUUUCUGGAUCCAAAGGAGAUGGAGAAAGGCUGAAGAGAGUUCUGCUGGCUCUCUAUCAUCCUCUGAAUCAGUAUGUUGUGCAUUUAGACCUGGAGUCAUCUCCAAGAGAAAGAGUUAAUGUCUCUGAGUAUGUAAAGAGCCACCCCAUUUUUGCAAAGGUAGGCAAUGUUCACAUGAUCAGGAAGGCUAAUCUGGUUACAUAUAGAGGACCUACUAUGGUUUCCAAUACACUUCAUGCUGCAGCGAUUCAUUUAAGAAGAAACAAAGAUUGGGACUGGUUUAUCAAUCUCAGUGCUUCAGAUUAUCCACUUGUCACUCAAGACGAUCUGCUUCACACAUUUUCCUACUUACCUAGGGACCUUAACUUUGUUGGAUACACCAGCAACUUGGCCUGGAAAGAGCAGAAAAGAAUUAAACCCAUCAUCAUAGAUCCUGGUCUUUACAGAUUAAAAAAGUCUGAUGUUUUUUGGGUCACAGAAAAGAGAAGCAUGCCAACUGCAUUCAAGUUGUUUACAGGAUCUGCUUGGAUGGCACUAUCUAGAACAUUUGUAGAGUUCAUGAUAUGGGGAUGGGACAAUCUUCCUCGAACACUUCUCAUGUAUCAUGCAAAUGUGAUUUCUUCUCCAGAGUUUUACUUCCACACACUUCUUUGUAACUCUCCAGGAUUUUCAAACACAGCAGUUAACAGUGAUCUGCAUUAUAUAUCAUGGGACAAUCCCCCAAAGCAACAUCCGCGAUCUCUUGGACUCAAAGACUUCAGAAGAAUGGUUCUUAGCAAUGCUCCAUUUGCAAGAAAGUUCAAGAGAGCUGAUCCAGUACUUGACAAGAUAGACAGAGAGCUUCUGGGUCGCAACAUGAGCAACAUUACACCUGGUGGGUGGUGCAUAGCAACGGGGAGCGAUCCAUGCUCUAUAAUGGGUGGCGAAACUCUACUUAGGCCUGGACCCGGUUCAAAGAGGGUCAAGCGUUUGCUUAUUAAGCUCUUGUCUAGGAAGAAUUUUCGUGGCAGGCAAUGUAAGUAGUGAGAUUUGAUCGAAGGCCACAUGAAAAAUUGAAUUCAUUGGUUUGACAAGUGUGAGUGGUAAAUCAUUGCGGCUUACAUGACAGAGCACCAGAUUAAUAUUCCGGGGAAACAUGGUGAAGUGUAGAAUUGAGUAACAUUCUGAUUCCAAUGUGUGCCCUAGACUGCCAGAACACAAAAAAUAUAUUAUGUAUUUCGUUCUUUAACUUUUUACCUUACCAUGAUCGAGAGUUGGGGAUCUUGCUGUUAGAUAGUUCUUCUGGAUCUGAAAUCUGCAUAUGUCAGAAGUGAAUUCACUUCAGCCCGUACAUAGAAAGCUUUUGUCAAUGAUUGUUUCUACAUAACCAUGCAAUCCAUUGUUUGUAGUGGGCCUCCUGGUUUCUCAAAUAACUUGAAAAUGUUGAAUCUCUAGCUUUCCAAGAGAUGUUAAUAAGCAAGCAUGUAAUUUAACAAGCUUCUUACUGCUA